AUUUUCACUGAUGUGUCUAUUGUCGGUGUAUGAAACAUAGAUCCAAAAAUAGGCCUACUAACUGAGUGAUUAGACAAGAUUAAUAUUUUAUUGGCGCUGCAACAGUAUAGCCGCACCAUAACAACAUGUUAGUGUGGAAAAAUUAAGCUAAAUAAUAAAUACUUUGAGAUGUACAAGUUGUCAACCAAUGAUUUAAAAUUAUAGUAACUUAUCCUCCCUUAGACAAAUUGCUUCGCAUUACAGAUUAAAAUUUUUAUAUAUUUCCUAUAUAAUUGACUAUAUAAAUAAGACUGGAUGUUUCCAAUGAAUAAUUGUCUUAGAGCAACUUCAUAUUACAGGUAAAAAUGUAAGGGAAAAAAUCAUUAAGGUUAAAUCAUGCUGCCUCCAGCAGUGAAGAGGGUGCUCCAGACUUGCCUUUCCCCAUGCUGGUGCUGCUAAUGGAAGAGGGGGAGGUCAGAGUUGUGCAGGGAAGUAUGGGGUGCAUAGGAGGGGUCCAUACAUGCCCUCCAUAUUUAUUUUCCUUCAAAAAAUAGGCCUGACUCCAUGUUAGUUCCUGCAUUGUUCCUGCAUCCCUUCCCAGCUUCUUAACUUGCAGGACCUCUGCUGCAUGUCCUCUGGCAUGGGGAGCACGGAAGACCAAUCUGCUGAACAGGCAGAGAGACAGGAGGCCCCUGAGUUGGGGAGAUGAUGUUGGACAGUAAAGGAAUUAACAUGCAAAUUGUCUUCGGUGACACUGGUAAUCAUCAAGUAGUCAGUGGCUGUGGACAGGGGGACCUGGGUUAUGGAGAUGCUGAGAAAUUAUAUAUUUAAAAAGAAGAAGAAAAAUAAAACCAAGCCCAAGGAAAUUAACUGCCUAAAAACUUUAAUACAGAAUUAAGGUUGCCAAGUGCUGCUUCAUGCCCUUCCAGAGUGCAGAGAGCAGCUAAACUUAAACCUCUAAAAAACAGGAAGUACAAAUUUAAAGUAGCAAAGAGUCUUGUGGAACCUUGUAGACUAACAGACGUAUUGAAGCAUGAGCUUUUGUGGGUGAAUACCCACUUCGUCAGAGGCAUGCGGAUGCAAAUUAAGGGAUGCAAAUAAAGGUAUGUGCCACCCUUGCAAUGUGACCUUAACUUUCCUCCCUUUUAGCAAUGCCCAAUAACACACAUACACCUCUACCUUGAUAUAAGGCUGUCCUUGGGAGCCAAAAAAUCUUACUGCGUUAUAGGUGAAACUGCGUUAUAUUGAACUUGCUUUGAUUCACUAGGGUAUGCAGCCCUGCCGCCCCUGGAGCACUGCUUUACCACGUUAUAUCCGAAUUCAUGUUAUAUCAGGUCGCAUUAUAUCGAGGUAAAGGUGUACUAUCACUUUAUCCUUAGAGAUGCUGCAGCACACUUUGGGAACGCAGCACAUGAGCAUUAUAUAACAAAGUCUAACUCUUUCUCUUUGCUACAGCGAAACGUGGGCUUAGGUUCAGCUAAACAAACUGGAGCUACCCACACUUAGACACUGAGCCUGCUCCACACAGCCCAUCGCAGACUGACAAAACAUACAGAACUCAGUGCUGAAAUGAGACAUAUCUGAGAUCCCACAAGGGAAGAAGAGGAGAUGGAGUUGGGGGCCUCUUCAUCCUCCAUCUCGUCAUUACCAAAAACAGAAGGCAAUCACUCCUCUGCUAGGCCAUGAAACUGUCUUCCCCUCCCCAUCUGUCACUGGUGGUGAGAGUAAUCUGGAAUUAACAUCACAAUGGAUAAGACAUACUUGGCUCUUCUUGUCCAUAGAAGGAGGAAUUGCUAGUUGGGAUAUGACAUUCCGUAAGAGGUUUCCUGCUGUCCUCUGAGGCCCAGGAACAGUCUAACAGCAUCAUACUUUGACGACAUCUCCAGGGCAUUAUCGAAGAGAAAUGUUCACAGAAACUUUUCCUGUAUAGUGGAUGAAUAAGAGGAUGAAGGAAUACUACAAACAGCAGCAAUAUAGUUGACAGAGUCCCUUUUCCCUUGGAUAACUUCACUGUAAGCAGAGCUGUGGUACCAUUGCAAAAGUGGAGUGUGCUGAAGUAGGUUGGGACACUUGCACUACUUCACUAUAAAGGAAAUUCCAAGACAAAAAUAUAUUGAAAUGGAGCAAGAAGCUAGCUCCCAAAAGUUGUGACCCAGGAUUUUGUAAGCCUCUUGAAGUUCUGCUGCACACAUCUAUCUUGUAGCUGCUUCUGGUGAAUAUGUCUAGGAAAUACUUAAAAUGGAGUUUUUUGGCACUUUCAAUGCUUUCUGUCAUAAUAAUGACAUGGUACCUGACACUUCCUUUGCAUACUGUGAUAGAGCAUACAAACUGGAUGUAUUUCUACGAAUAUGAGCCAGUUUACAAGCAGAACUUCCUCUUCACGCUGCGGGAACGUUUGAAAUGCAAAGAUACAAAUCCGUUUCUGGUCAUCUUGGUGUCUUCACAACCUAUGGAGAUAGAGGCAAGGCAGGCCAUUAGAAUAACAUGGGGUUCUAAAAAAUCCUGGGGGGACAGUCAGGUUCUAAUACUGUUCUUACUAGGACAAGGAGCUGAAAGAGAAGACAGCUUAGCAUUAUCAAUAGAAGAUGAAAGUAUUCUGUAUGGCGACAUAAUUCGCCAAGAUUUUAUGGAUACUUACAACAAUCUUACCUUGAAAACAAUCAUGGCAUUCAGAUGGGUGUCUGAGUUUUGUUCAAAUACUAAAUACAUUAUGAAGACUGAUUCUGAUGUUUUCAUCAACGCUGGCAACUUAUUAAUGUUUCUUCAAAAUGUCAAUUCUUCAGACAGUUUUUUUACUGGUUACCCUCUAAUUGAUAACUUUUCCUACAGAGGGUUUUACAGAAAAAGAUAUAUUUCUUAUGACGAAUAUCCAUUUAAGGUAUAUCCUCCCUACUGUAGUGGAAUGGGGUAUAUACUUGAUGGAAAACUGGCUCUGAAGAUUUAUGAAAUGAUGAGUCAUAUCAAACCUAUUAAAUUUGAAGAUGUUUAUGUUGGCAUUUGCUUAAAUAUACUAAAUGUGAACAUCCAUAUUCUAGAAGAUACACAACUUUUCUUUUUAUACAAAAUUAACUUUAACAUCUGUAAAUAUAGACACUUGAUUGCGGUACAUGGUGUGUCUUCAAGUGAAAUGAUCAGAUUUUGGCAGGAUUUAUUGACUGACACCUCACUCACUUGCCACUGAUCCCAAUUAAUAUAUGUCUGUCAAAAGCUGACCUUUGUCCUGGCCUCUUGGUUUGAAUUGCACUGUAGAAAGUGUCUAAAUUGAGUUUUGUAGAACAAGGAAAUGGAAAUGGGGUUUUAGAAAGGAUCACUCAGGUUUAUGGGACCAUCCUGAUUUCGAGGCACCAUUAAAACAGCAGAAUAUCUCUAUAGAGGGUUUUCAAUAUGGUGGUUUUAAAUCGAGAAUGAGACUUUGUUGCACCUUUUUUAUUUCAGAAUUAUUUAGAUUAUAUAGUAACAGUAUUCUGCUCACUCUACUCCUCUGCUUCAUUUCUGAACAGUCUGCUGCAAGUAUAGGGUCAUCCUGCCACCUCCCCAGGAAUCUGUUGUCUUGGGAUUUAUGGAACUACAGCAGUAGCAUCCCUUUUUCCCCUCAAAGAACUCUCCCACAAACCUAGACCCUGGGGAAAACUCCUGUUUUCCUUCAUAUGGAUACCCAGCCCAUUCUAGGGAAUGUCUCAUCCUGUGUCCCCAUCAACACAUGAACUCCUCCUCUGCACUUCAUGAUGCUCAAAGUUGCUUGCUUAGUCAACACGAAUUCCUUUAGAAAUAUUGUGCCAAGAUUUUCAAAAUUAGGAGCCUAAAAUUAAACAGCCAUGUUUUCACUGAAGUCAGCAGAAUUUCCAGGUACUCUGCAUUUCAGAACAUCUGGCUUCUUUUUUAGGUGCCUAUAUAUGUAUUUUAUAGAAUUGCUUUAAUGACUUCAGAUAGCUGCAUAAUUUUAUGUAGUGGUAAUUGUGUUCUGAGUAUAUUAAAGUAGAGGGCCAAUCUACUUAGUUCAAAUAAACUUACUUUCAAGUUGCUCUGCAAUAUAGGACAGCAAAAUUUAUGCACUAAUAGGCCCAUCUCCACACCUAUCAGAAUCCAGGCAGGGAGAAUAAGCAAUGAGAUUUGCUGUGAAACUUGUCAGUUUAAAUGGCUUUCAAAUGCUGACAUCAGCUUCCAUUUGCAAAAUGAACUCUUUGCUUCAGAGUUUAAAAUAAAAAUUUGGAAAUAUUGUUACUAGACUUUUCUCUAACAGGAAUUUUAACAAAAGAAAACAAAUGCAAUUUUGUAUGUAAAGUCCAGUAUUUUAUUGUCUUAGUCAUAUCAGCAAGGCCAUGUUUCCAGUAGUUUACGCUUCUGGUAGACAAUACAGAAUCCGCAAUUGCAUUAUCGUAGUUGUUAUUCUUGAUACAUCUAAAAUCUAUCACAUACCAAAGAUACAACAGUUACAUCCUGUACAGCUAGCACUGCCACUUUACUUCUAGUCAUACUAUAGCUAAUGUUAUGAUAUUUACAUUUAAUUUGACUUUUAAGUAGUCUCUUAGAGACAAAUGUAGAAUAGAUAUAAAAAAACUCCACUACUAAUACCACGAAUGAGGUUUCAUCAAUAUUUUUUAUGUGCACUAUGAUCAGUGUUGAAUUUUGAUAACUUUGUAAUAGUAACAGCUUAUUAUUUUAAACCUACUAUGACUUGAACAUUUGUUUAUUUUAAUAGUGAGUGUUUGCCCCAUGAACACUGAAAUUCAGUAUAGCCGGACAGUGGUUAGUAUUGCUUUAAAAAAAUACAUUAGGUUGAAUCACAAAAAGACUUUGCAGUCUUCACAAAUCUGAUGUAAGGCAGACAGCUCCAGCUGAGAAAAUAGGUAUGACAAUAAGAGAAAAGUAACUAAUUUUCUCCAAGCAAGAUAUUUUUGUGCCUGACAAGGUUCUAUGGCCCAGAGUGAGAAACACUGAUCAGCGAUUGCAGGGCUUUUGCCUUCAGAAAUGUAGAUUUAUACAUUGUUUAUUCAACCUGAAAUUGUAACUUAAAGUGACAAAAAGUAACUUAAAGUGACAAAACUGAUCUUUUAUUUUGAAACAACCUCCUAGUAACAGACAUUUUUCUUGCUUCCCCCAUUUCCAAACAUCUGAAUUUAUUACUAGAAGCAUAAAAAUAUGUAUUGCUGCUUGCCAUGUUACUUCAACAGAAAUGUUUGCUAUUUUAAAAAAAACAAACCUGAUUGUAAGAGGGGAAUUUAAAAUAAUCUUGUGAAUUUACACCAUCAGUCAAUUUUAAUGUAGACUACAAUCUGGGCCUGGACUAUUAUGUCCCCUUAACAUGUUCUGAUGAAAAUGAAGUGUAAACUUCAGGCCAAGAUUUGUUUAUGACCCUGUUUAUGAACUUAUUGGCCUUGCAAAUGAUGCAGAUGAAGCAGGUCAAGCAUCCUUCAGGACCAUAUAUGUUCUCAGAGAGCGAGAGUUGGUAUGAACAAAAAUGCCUCAAACAGUGUUUGGUAUUUAGAGUUUUAUUCUAGUUAUUGAAAAUAGCAUUCACAAUGUAAAAUUACCACUGUAUCUAUCACCUGUAUAGCCUGCCAGUAGUGUUUGCAUAUUUAACUGUUUAGACAUUUUUACUGGGAUUCAUUGAUUGCGUACCUUCAAAUACAAAUAGUAAAUACUUAACCUGACUAGGUGCAUUGCAGGAUUAACCAUGUUAAUGAAGACCAGAGACUACAUAUAUUGUUUGCCUGUACCCUGUUUUGGCAUUGUUUUAUGUCUGCUAUUUGUACAGUAAUAAAAGAAGAAAAUUUACAGCAGUA